CUGGAGAAAUAUGAAGAAGAACACCAAGAGGUUAACUUCCACCUUCGACCUCCACGCGACGCUGUUCGAUGUUCUGAAUCGAGCCUACGCCGACAUGACGAGGACGUACAGCGGCGCCCACGGCAUCAGCCUCUUCCGCGAGAUACCCCUUAACCGAACCUGCGAAGACGCCUCCGUACCCGAACAUUACUGCGCGUGCGAACAUUCCGUCGACACCGAUCCGCGAGACCCGAAGUUGAAGGAAGUUGCUGAAUUCUCGGUCUCGAAGUUGAAUUCGGGGCUGAGGAAGUUCCCGCAGUGUGUGCAGUUGGAGCUAGAUACGGUACUAGCAGGUCGAACCGGCUCGGCAAGAAACAGCACCACACCUAAAGGCCUUGAAAGUAUCAUCAGUACGUAUAUGGUGACCUUCCAGACCAAACCAGGAGGAGCGAGACUCGAAGCCACAGUCAGGGAACACGACGACACGUUCGAACUCGUAGCUGAAGUCUCCCGAACGAACAAGUAUGGCGACCAGAGCCACUGCGUCACGGAUUUUGUUUACCGGAAAUAUUGUUAUUGUAAAGAUCUCUUGACAAACAGUUAGAGGAAAGUACGGAAAAUAUAUGAGAAAAUGAUAAUAAUGGGAUAAAAAUUAAAUAUUAGCAAAAGAUCUUUACGAUGAUAUAUUUAUAUAUAUAUAUAUAUAUAUAUAUAUAUAUAUAUAUAUAUAUAUAUAUAUAUAUAUAU